CACGAAAGUAUGGGAGAAUUGUGAUUUUAUAAAAGUCAAAAUUGAUACCUUGGAGAACGUUUAAUAUUUGUAAAUCUUAACCUACUUGCUUGUUACACCAAGCACUGCAUUUACUGUUUACGAAAUAACAUUCGUAUUGAGGCCAGCUGAACAGAGCAAUAUUUCCAUUCUUAUGUGUCGGGUAUAGUAACAAAUUAAUAUUGUUAUUAAAGAUGAAUCAAGUUGAAGAACCAAUGGACGUAGAUACUCCGUUUACGGAUGUAGAGAAAGUUGAGGAACCUGCCGAGUCGAAUGUAAAGUUAAACGAUUCAAACGAGUUAAAAAAUGAAAUCAGUACUUCUCCACAGUUUCAGGAUACGCGAUACGAGAAUCGCGGUGGAACGUUUACAACUGGUAUAGACAUAUUCAGUAAAGAAGAAAAGUUGAAAAUGGAAGAGAGAGCGAGAAGGUUUGGUCUAACAGAUAAAGUAAAAACCUCUGAUAACGAAGAUCAGGACUUGUACUCUAGUAUGGGGAUUGUGGAAGAAAAUGAGAGUACAAAAAAUCUUCGAUUAAAUGCUAUACACAUGAGAGGUACUGAAGAAAUGAGUACCAAAGAUGUUUUUAAGUACUUUGAGGAUUAUGCUCCAGCUUCUAUAGAAUGGAUAAAUGACGUGUCAUGCAAUGUUGUUUGGUUGGAUACUGUAUCUCCAGCUAGAGCUUUAUUGAGGUUGUCCAAAAAAAUCAAGGGUUUAGGUGAAAAAGUACAGGCUGAUAAGGAUCUUAAGUGCGAGUCAAGCUGUUUCGAUAAUGAAAAUAAUAUGGCCAAUGAUGAUUGUGUUGUCGAAGUUAUUUCUGAGGGUGACUCAGCAAUAGAAUCCGAUGAAAAAAAGGAUGAAAAUUCAAUAAAUAUAAAAGACAUCACUUGUCCCUUGCCUCCUGGUCUUUGGAGAAAGGGAAUAGAUUAUCCAAAAUCCAAGGGUAUUCUUUUGAGGUUUGCGACAAGAGCUGACAAGAAACGUCCAAAUGCUGAGAAAAUGAGUGAAUAUUAUAAGAAAUACGGAAAUCCCAACUUUGGAGGUAUAAAGGGAAUUCUGACGGAAUCACGUAAACGAAUGUACAAGGAAAUCAGACAGAAUAAAAAAAGACCGAAGGAAGAAUCAAAAAAUGAUAACACGAAUGGGAAACGUACAAAAAACCCAUGGGGUGCUCUAUCUCAAUCUUGGGGCGUAAACGAUUCCACGGAGGAUGAUUUUAUUAAUAAGAAUCCCAUUAAGAACACCGAUUAUGGUGGCAGCAUAAAGGAAAGAUUAGGAAUUAAAACUCAACCAAAAGAUGUUCCAGUGGAAUCGGAAGAAUCUGAUGAAGAAUCUGACAGUGAGCAUGAAGAGGACUGGUGUAAAAGAAGUAAAGUACUCCGAAUGCGUAUGCACGCUGAUGACGAGGAGGAAAAAGUACAAAAACGUCGUUCUCAGCUUCGGAGUCAAAUGACAAGUACAUUGAAUGCAGGUGGAGAUUUGCGUUCUCGACUUGGAAGAUCACGAAACACAUCACAAUUUAGAAACGCGAUUCAAGUUGUCGUUACGAAUACAAAUGUCAGUAAUUUCAACUCGUUGAAAGAUGGAGAUUCAGAGGAGGAAGGAGAAAUCGUGGAGGAGAGAAUUGAAACUGAUGAAAGAGAGGAGGGAGAAUGGGAAGAUGAGGAACAGGAAGAGGACGUAGAGGUUCAUGAAGAUGAAGAAGAUGACGACAGUGAAUUGUCGGAAAAAGAAAUUCAGGGACCUAAGGGUAGUGUGAUAAAAGUUGUUCAACGUAGCAAACCUCGAGUCGCAUCUACCGUCUGGGCCAGACUAAAUAACGUCAAGAGCGAAGCUAACAACGUUUCUCAAGCACAGAGCAUAAUUAAUUUUAGACGUUCAACGAGAGGAGAUCUGAGGGAGACACUGAAGGGUGGUGAUCUUCGAUCACGUUUGGGAAAUCAUACUAGAGGACGUUCACCACUCAGGAUAGAAGUUAAAAAUGAUAAAUAUACCGAGGACGAUAGUAACACAGAGUGACUGUAAUUGUAUAAAGAACUGAAAAUAUUAAUUUGUGUCAUUCUACUCAUCGAUUGUGGAUUACAAUGCAUAAUCAUUGUGUAUAUUAUACAAAAAUGACCUUAGGACGGUAUCGAAGUGUCUUUAAUUAUAUCAAAGCUUGCAAAAUUAUUCCUUUAAGAAUAGUAUGUACUUGAUAAAUAAUUUACUAUGGAACAUUUUAUUCAUGUACUUUUCAUCGAGGUCCCAGUCUUGUGAAAUUAUUAUUUGACCAAUGAUCAUUCGCACGAAAAUAAUUUAUUGUACAAAAUUUCGGAGUAAAUACUGUAAAAGGUGAAUCAGAAAUACGUUGAGUGACAUAGAAAAAUUGUAUACAAGAAAAUACAUUAUAAAAAAUUCGA